GGCUGCAGGCAGGCUGCACAACUCUCUGAAUACCUACUUUUCUUUACAUUGCAUUACCUGAAGAUGGACUUAAACAACUGAACUCUCCAUGAUCUUCUGGUGUUUUCUGCUGGUAACAAGUCGCUGAGACAGACAAAAAAGGAUCAGAAAAAUGGAAAACGACCUCGGGGAGAAAGAGAGCUUCACCCAGAAGGAGGUCAGACUCAUCCUGAUUGGACCAAGGUGGGCCGGUAAGAGCUUAUCUGGAAACACAAUCCUGAAACGGGACAGGUUUGAGUGUGGCCGAACCAGAACAUCUCAUUCUGAAGGGAGACAUCAGGAGGUGGAGGGCAGGCACCUCGUCGUCGUCGAUGUUCCGGGAUGGAACAGCUCGCUCUCCCUGAACGAGAUCCCACAGGGUGAGAGGCAGAGGUUCAGACUCAACGUGUCCAAAUGCCCUCCCGGCCCACACGUGUUCCUGCUGGUGAUUCCCAUAGACACAGCCUUUUGUGCGGAACAGAGGAGGACCCUGGAGGAGCACAUGAAGCUCCUGGGGGAGCGGGUGUGGAGGUACACCAUGGUGCUCUUCACAUGUGGGGAUGUCCUCGGGAAGAAGACGAUAGAGCAGCACAUCGAGAGUGAGGGCGACGCUCUCAGGUGGCUGGUAGGGAAAUGCAGGAACAGGUACCAUGUGUUCAUUAACAAGAAGAGCAGUGACACGUCUCAGGUGACAUUUCUGCUGAAGAAGAUAGAUGAGAUGGUGUGGUACAACAAUGGCGGAUACUAUGAGGUCGAUGAGCAAACACUGAACAUCAUUCAAGAGAAGCAACGAGAAGUGGCUGAAAGAGCGACAAAGAGACAAAAAAGGGCGGCGGAAGAAAGACUACAAAUGAAAAAACUCAUUCCAGAGGAGAAGAAAACCAUCCCAAAGCUCCAGAUAAUUCUCUUGGGAAGCAGAGGCGUUGGAAAAACCUCAGUAGGGAACACCAUCUUGGGAAUCAAAGAGAAGGAAGAUGGAAAGACGACACACUCGGUGGCCCGGCAGGGUUUUGUGAGUAAAACUGACAUAACUGUUGUUGACACGCCAGGUUGGUGGAAAGACUUCCUUGUGUGUGACACUCCUGUAGCUAUCAGGGAGGAACUGAUGCUCAGCAUGUUUCUGUGUCGCCCUGGGCCUCAUGUCUUCCUGCUCAUGAUAGACUCCGAUGCAUCCUUUAACCGCAAACACUUAGAUGCAGUGAAGACACACAUGGAGCUACUAGGGAAAGGAGUGUGGGGCCACACUAUUGUAGUUUUCACCAGAGGAGACUGGUUGGGAGCACACAGCAUCGAGGAGUACAUCGAAGGCGAGGGAGAGGCCUUGCAGAUCCUGGUCCAACAAUGUGGAAACAGAUAUCACGUCAUUGAUAACAAGAAUUCUGAUGAUGGUACUCAGAUCAAAGAGAUGCUGGAGAAAAUCACUUGGACUGUGGCAGGAAACAACUGGGAGUGUUGUGUCCCAGAUGAGAAUAUAUACUCGACCAUUGUAGAGACAAGACGAAGAGUGGAAGAAGGGGCAAGACUGAGGCAAAGUCAGGUCAAGGCUAAAAAGAAACCCCUUGAAGGCUCCAGGAAUAAAUUGCAGGACCUGAAGAUAGUAUUGCUUGGUCAAAAAACCUUCGGAAAGAGUGCAACAGGAAACAACCUCCUGCACAAAGAGGUCUUCCCCACCUAUCAGAAUGAGCAGUGUCGUGUUGAGGAGGCAGAAGUUGAUGGCAGAUUGGUCACAGUGAUUGACACCCCAGGCUGGUGGCUAAAGCCCUCCAUUGGCACUGAAGAGAUAGAGAAAGAAAUAGUCAGAGGAAUGUCGUUGAGUCCAUUAGGGGUUCAUGCCAUUCUGUUGGUUGUCCCCUUGGACCUGACAUUCAGAGAAUCCCAGCAGGUUGCCCUGGAAGAACACAUGAGUCUCUUUGAUUCCAGCGUCUGGAAGUAUACGAUUGUUCUGUUCACAUACGGAGACAACUUAGUAGAAAAAUCAGUAGAAGAGCACAUUGAGAAGGAGCACAGUGCUCUACGAUGGUUGGUAGACAAGUGUGAGAACAGGUAUCAUGUAAUGAGCAACAUAAAGAAAAAUGACACCAGGCAGGUCACAGAGCUGUUUGAGAAGAUAGAGGAAAUGGCGGCAGGCAACAGCGUUCAGUUGUUCUGCCCUGACAUGGACGACAUCCAAGAGCGACUCAUCGAGAUGUUCAGAAGGAGGCAGAUCAAACAGCUGCUGAAGCAGUCCUUUGAGGAGACGUACAGAAGGAGAGAACUGGAGCUGCUGAUGGGCUUCCGGAAAACACUCCUUGAGCUGCAAUCUAAGACCAGAGGAAGUGCGACAAGCAUUUUUCCCAGGUCAACAGCUCGUGACCUGGACAAAUUCAAAAUCAAGGGCAUCGGUCAUAGAAAGAAAGAUGAGAAGCAGGAAAACUUGCAUGCAGAAAUCAGCCAGGAAAUUGAAAAUCUAAACAAGGAGAUAAUGAGAUCCACAGAUCUUCUUGGGAAAAGCAUGGACUUCUUGAUCCCAGAGUUUAAAGGAGAAAGUCCAGAAUCAACAAUUCCUGAUUCUUUGUCAGAAAGAAGAGCUAGCAUCAACUUUGACAUCAAAGUUGCCAGUUGGCUGACCAAACUUCAGAUCACCACAAAUGUUGACAACCAGCUGAGCCUUAACUUCUCUGAGUCAUCAGGAUACAGCUCUGUGCUGCCCAAAGACAACCUGGAUUAUCAUAUGGAAGAAAAUAUUACUGGAUAAUUCAUCAAUGUAGACUAGAGGUGGGCGGUAAACCGGUGUCAAUACCGCCCGUGGUAUUACUUGUACAACAACAUGUUUUUGCCAUACUGUCAUUACCAGUUUAAAUACAGAAGUUUGUUUGUUGUGCAAACAUAAGGCAAAACCAAUUGCUCAACCUACCGGCUUCAGUGGGUGCCUUUGCUCACUUUCCGUGCUAUUAUUGUUUCUUAAGAUUGUUCAUUGAUUUUAAAGUGUAAACUCAGGUAUGUGCUAAUCUGUGGGGGGUGUUUUUACAUACUUCUAGGGUGGAAAACUCAUUAGUUUAUGUAAGAGACCAUAUUAAUGACAAAGGUGUCUUAACCUUACUUUUUCACUUUAAAGCAGUUUUCUCUAAAUUGCCUGAAAGUUGUUCAGGGUGAAUUUUUUCACUCGUCCAUGUAGAAGCUACAGAAAUCAAAUGAUUAAGUACAGCAGGCAAUGUCAUUUUUAUCCUCCAAUACGAAGGGCACAGAUUUGCAAUUUAAAGUCAGAGUGAAGUGGACAUAUUUCUCACACUAAUUUCAUUAAUUAUUUGACAUUAUAAAAAAUUCAAGUACAAAAAAUGAGGUUUAAAAAAGUACAACUUAUUUUCUUAAAUACACUAUCUGUUAAGCUUAUUGUAUCAAUGUUGAAGGUUCUACUAUUUUUAUAAAAAUUCUGUCAUUUUAUUUGAUUACAUUCGUCCAUGUUUUUUGUUGUAAAUGUUUCUGUGAAUACUAAUAUUCCCUUCCCCCUAUUGUGUUCAGUGUGUACAUACUUGAUAAUAAACUGUAUUCUAAUUUGA